AUGAAAAGAGUCAAAGAAAGCGGUGCCAAAUUCCGCAAAAAAAGGGCUAAGAAAGAAGCAGAUGCGAAGAAGUCUCAAGGUGCAUUACUGAAAUAUUUCAGUUCCAGUUCUGGUUCGAAAGCCACGUUAACGUCUUCGGUGGCAUCCUCAUCCUGCAGCAGCGGAAGUGAUUCCAGUGAACAAGAAGAAGACGUGCCUGCCGUCGCAGUUGAAAGUCGUUCUGGUCCCACCACAGAGCAGGGUCAAGACGAAAUCGACUCACCAGAAGUAUCUCAAGCAUCUAGUCAUAAGCCUGCAGAAAAAGUGAAUGUUGCCAAAAAAGACAUAAUUGAAAUCGUGCCUUUUGCUCCUGCCGAAGCCAAAGAUGUGAAUCUCGACGAUGUAGGUUGCUGGCCUUCUCCUAUGACCGACGAAGUCAGAACACUUCUAGUACGUCGCGGAUCUGACUUAGUACAGCACAUCGAUUGCAAAUUUGCCGAUGUUGUUCGCUCAGGGACUUCAACGAAAGGCGGUACCCGAAAACUAACCAAAGAGUGGUUCUACAAACCAUUAUCUAACGGCGAAAAGGUUCUCCGAACAUGGAUGGUGUACUCGCCUUCGAAGCAAUCCUUGUAUUGUUUUUGUUGCAAGCUGUUUGGCAAUUCCGACUCAAACUUCGCAUCUGAAGAAGGAUUCAACAAAUGGUGGAAGCUAAAUCCAAGAAUCGGAGACCAUGAAAAUAGCCCGGGCCAUGAGCAGAGCUUCUUGAAAUGGAAGGAGUUGGAAGUUCGCCUGAACCGUAAAGCAACCAUCGAUCAGAAACAACAAGAAGUUUUCGAAAGUGAGGUGAAGAAGUGGAGGGAUGUACUGUACAGGUUGCUGAACAUUAUCCAGUUCUUAGCCAAACAGAAUCUGGCCUUCAGAGGACAUCGAGAAGACAUUCGAGGAGAUGAUAGUGGCAAUCGCGGGAACUUUCUGGAGUUAGUGCACCUCCUAGCUAAAUAUGACCCUCUUCUAAUGGAACACCUGACAAAGAUAAAGCUGGGAGCAAGAGUCCCAGUUUCGUAUCUAUCUCCAGAAACCCAGAAUGAAUUUAUAAACUUACUGGGACAGCAAGUUCGAUCCACCAUCAUCCGUCGUAUUCAAGAAGCUAAAUAUUAUUGCGUAAUCUUCGACAGUACACCAGACAUCUCCCACAAUGACCAAAUGAGCCAAGUUCUGCGAAAAAAGUCGCCGUGGUUGAAUCUUUCAUCGACUUCUUUGAACCAAAAGGAAAAAAUGCAGAAGAUCUCAGCAACGAUAUAA